AUGGGAUUCAACUUCCCAACUGCCACUGUGAACCUCAUGGGACUACUCUCAGCUAUGGCAGAACCCAUCAGAAGCAGCCACUCUUCACCACCUUCCCCCAUUUUUCACCACCUUCCAAACCGACCCAAACACCAAGCCUCACUCUCCCUUCUCCUCCACCACCAUCCCAAUCUUAGCCUGCACCAACUCAAGCAAAUCCAAGCUCAGCUCUUCCACCAAUCCCUCCACCAUGACACCAUCCUCAUCACAAAGCUCAUAGCAUCCUGCGCCUCCUCCGGCGCCAUAAACUACGCCGCCCGCCUCUUCCGCUCCCUCCCCGAACCCGACCUCGUCCUCUGCAACUCCAUGCUCAAAGCCUACACCCUUAACUCCCUCCCCGACCUCGCCGUCUCCUUCUUCGUCGACCAACUCCUCUUCCGCGGCUUCUCCCCGGACCGCUUCACCUUCCCUUCUAUCCUCAAGGCCUGCGCCGCCCUCUCCGACCUCGCUCUCGGACAGCAACUCCAUGCUGGCUUGGUGAAAAACACAAACACCUGUCGUGAUGUCAUCGUGCUGAACUCACUUCUCCACAUGUACUUCAAGUGCUGCCGAUCCGAGUCUGCCAUUCGGGUUUUUCGGCAGAUAGGAGUGCCCAAUCCGACUUCUUGGAACAUGAUGAUGUCGGGGUUGCUGAGUUCCGGGGAUUUGGAUUCGGCGCGGGCCGUGUUCGACGAGAUGCCUCAAAGAGAUGUGGUUUCGUGGAACACUUUGAUGAGUGCUUAUGUGAAGGCAGGAGAGAUGGAUGUAGCUCAGGAUCUUUUCGACAAGAUGCAUGAAAAGGACUCCGUCUCGUGGAAUGUUUUGAUCUCUGGGUAUUCUCAGAAUGGCGAGAGCGACAAGGCUCUAUCGGUUUUCUCUCGGAUGCUCGCGGAUGGAAUUAAGCCUGAUAAUGCUACAUUAUUAGCCGUUGCGUCGGCCUGCAGCAGUGCUUGCUCGGUGGAAAGCAAAGUGGUCGAUCAGAUUGCGAGUUUUGCAAGGUCAGUGAAUUCAGUGACAGUCUCAACUGCGCUGCUGAAUCUUUAUGCAAAUGUUGGUAGAAUGGAAGAGGCCCGAGAAGUUUUUGAUGCAAUCCCUGAGAAGGAUCUGGUGGCAUGGAAUGCGAUGAUCACCGGGUGUGCUCGGAACCGGAGACCAGCCGAGGCAAUCGAAUUGUUCCGCCUGAUGCAAAAGCCAAGAAAUGGAGUUAAGAUCAGGCCUGAUAGUGUAACAAUGAUUAGCUUGAUUGAUUCAUGCUCUCAGAUGGGUGCACUGAGUCUCGGGGAAUGGGUCUAUGCUUACAUCAGGAAGAACAGGAUAAAAACAGACACUGUCUUGAUGACUGCUCUAGUGGAUAUGUAUGCCAAGUGUGGAGACCUCGGCCGAGCAAGGCGCCUUUUUGCAGAGAUGCCUGGGAAAGAUUUGGCUUCCUGGAAUGCAAUGAUCAAAGGGCUAGCUGUUCAUGGGCAAGGGAAUGAGGCAGUUGAGAUGUUUUAUUUGAUGGAAAAGGAUGGAAUUGUUCCUAAUGAUGUAACCUUUGUUGGCUUGCUCCAUGCCUGCAGUCAUGGAGGAUUGGUUGUGAAGGGCUUGGAGCUAUUUGAAUUGAUGCAGAGUCGGUAUGGCAUUGCGCCAUGCAUCGAGCACUAUGGAUGUGUUGUGGAUUUGCUCGGCCGAGCUGGACGAUUAGUCGAAGCCUAUGAAUUAGUGAAGAACAUGCUUGUUGAGCCUGACAUAGUCAUCUGGGGAGCAUUGCUCGGAGCAUGCCGAUCCCAUCAAAACUUAGAGCUAGCAGAAGUGGCUGCGCAAAGACUUGUAGAGUUAGACCCAGGACAUGAUGGAAACUAUGUGCUUCUCUCUAAUGUGUAUGCAUCAAUGGGGAAGUGGGGAAAUGUUGACAGGGUCAGGGCUCAGAUGAGGGCACGUCUGGUGCGCAAGGCGCCCGGGUGCAGCGCAGUUGAGCUUGGUGGAGUGGUUCAUGAGUUUCGUGCAGGAGAUCGGUCGCACCCGAGAUCGAAUGAGAUCUAUGGAGCUUGGGAUGAACUGGCGAAGCAACUAAAAAUGUUAGGCUAUGAACCAGACCGGGGAGCUCUACUUAAGACCUUGGAUGAGGAGGGCAGGGAGGAAGUUUUGUAUCGGCAUAGCGAGAAGUUGGCCUUGUCAUUUGCACUCAUUAGCUCAGAAUCAAAAUCUCCAAUUAGGAUCAUUAAGAAUUUAAGGAUUUGCAAUGACUGUCACAGGGUUAUGGAGCUGGUGUCGGAGCUCGAAGAGAGAGAGAUAACAGUUAGAGACCGAAUUCGGUUUCACCAUUUCAAUGCAGGGCAUUGUUCUUGUGGGGGCUAUUGGUGA